AUGAGACUCAUGGAAGAUUUUAGUCAGAGUAGGUCAUUCAACACCACAACAGAUUUCAAUUCAAUAACAUUUGACAUUGUACUGGACGGUCAACGAGGAUACUUUAUUGUGGCUAGUAAGGAGACAAGACUUCGCGAUAGUCUUCAAGCACGCUUUCUUUGUACUGCUUCCUUCUCCUCCCUCUCCUCACACACACUUCGCCCUCCUCCACUUUCCCCCCACCUCCCCCCCUCCACUCCUCCACUCUACUCCACUCUUCUCCUCCCCUCCUCCCCUCCUUCUCCACCACCUCUCUCCCUCAUGAGACCUGCGCGGAAGGAGAACUAUCCAUUCCACCUCCCCUACCCUCCCCUCGCCUCACCUCGCCUCACCCCACCUUACAUCACCUCACCCAACUCACUCCAUCAGUUGCCGUUACGAGGCCCAUACCGAUGUCGCUUCAAGGCGCUGCACUAG